AUGUCCUCAAAGACCACAGGAGGCAAGGGCGGAAAGGCAAAGACCUCGUCCGAGACCCGCGUCCUCACCACUCGCUCCUCCAAGGCCGGUCUCCAGUUCCCUGUCGGCCGUAUCCACAGGUUCCUGCGAAACAAGAACGCGAACAACGUCCGUGUCGGUGCCAAGGCGGCCGUCUACGUCGCGGCGAUUAUGGAGUACCUCACCGCUGAGGUGCUGGAGCUUGCCGGCAACGCCGCCAAGGAUCUGCGAGUGAAGCGUAUCACGCCGCGCCACCUGCAGCUCGCGAUCCGUGGCGACGAGGAGCUCGACCUGCUCAUCCGUGCCACCAUCGCUGGCGGUGGUGUUCUGCCCCACAUCCACAAGAACCUCAUCACGAAGCCGCAACAGAAGAUCCAGAAGAAGGUCGCCUAA